AUGCUGGACGUGUCGCUGUCCGCCUCCCUCCACAUCCACGGCGGCGCCAGCACCAUCGCGAGCCCCGACCGCGACGGCUGCCUACUUCGAACAACAAGUCUCCGCGUACGCGUGCUGCCAGCGCUCGGCCGGUCGCCGGUCUCGCUCGCGCUGCAGGCCACGGCGGGCUCCGUGGCGCUCUACCACAGCCGCAGCAGCAUCGCGGGGGACGCGCCUGCGCCGCGGGCGCUCCUGGUGGAGGCGUGUGGGCAAGGGGGCGGUGUGCCCACAUCAGGGGGGUUAGACGUGCUGCACGUCAUGACGGAGGCCGCGGACGGGUUCCUGCGCUCGGACACCGACGUGGUGCUUCGCGGCGCGGGCGUCGACGGCGGGGGGGUGUCAGGGGGGUGUUCUUUCGGUUGGUGGUCCACGGUGCUGGCACCUCUGGGGAGGUUGCCGAUGGCGCCGGGGCCGCGGCCCGUGCCGGACGCGACGUCCGUGCGCGUCGCGGCGAGCGGCAUCGCCCUGCUGGUCGGAGUGGACGGCCAGGGUUCGCGGGGGGGGUGUUUUGGGGGUGUGUUGUCCAGCGGCAGCGCGUCGUGGGCGAUGGAGUUUCCCGGGCCGGACGCGGGCGGCACAGUCACGCACGCGAUCUGCCUGGCGCCCGUUGCGUUGUGGGUGGGAUCCGCGGCGUACUGGGGCGCGCACGCGGCGUCGCAGCCCGAUUCGAAGUUGUGGCAUCUCGGAGCGCCGACGCGCCGCCGCGGGUGGAGCAAAGUGGCGCAGGACGACCACUUGCACGCCACCAUCGCGAGCUCCCCGCAGGGACUGUCCGUGAGCGUCCGGAACUCCCGCACGGUCGCGAGCACCGCCCCGGAGCACCUGAAAUACCUCGUGGGGGUGUCUACAGCUGUCAGCGGUCGGCACACCCCCCCCGACGCGCAAAACGGCGCGACGGCGGCGCCUGUGGCUGAACCAGACGGAGCUCGGGCCGGUGCUGUCCCGAUGUCGAUCCCGUCGACGCGGCUGCGCGGGCGGGAGAAGACACACCCCCGGGACCUCACAGGACGGUCCCCCCCGGGCGCGCACGCGCUGCUGCCGCGCGGGGCCGCGGAGCCGAUGCUGCACAGGCAGGCCGCCGGCGGCGCGUGGGCCGGCGAGGACCCGGGCGGCGACAUUCGGCCACAGUGGCAGACCUUGAGUGUUCUACUGGACGGCACCGACGUCCUGGCCACACCCCCCGUGCCGGAGCUGCACGUCGACGAGGCGCCACCUGCUGUUCCCGACGAGGGCGAGGACGAGGUCGGUUUUGACGAAGAUUGGGUGAACGGGGGCCUGUUUCCGGACACCCCCGGGGGGAGUUCUGCAAGCAGCAGCGCGUCAGAGGUGCCGUCGUCGCUGUCGGGCGCCGCGGCGCCGGCGCGACGGGCGAGGGGCGUCGAGGAAGCGGGGUCGCCGUGGGAGGGCGCGAGCUUCUACGCGGGGGCGCCCGAGCCCGACCGCAGGGGCAGUGACCGCAGCCGCUUGUCGCUGGAGGAGCAGCAGUCUCAGAGGGGCAUGAAGGGGCUCCUGGUGAUCGAGGACUACCUCCACGAGGCCGCGUGCGGGGCGUCGAGGUCGGGGUACGUCGAGGACGAGCUUGUGCAGGCGCUGGCCGGCCCGGACGAACAGGGGCGGUGGAUGACGACGGCACGUGUGGGCGGGGGGGAGUUACAGGGCCGGGGGUCAGACGUUGCGGGAGGAGACGGCGCGGAGCGGCCGAUCGACCCUGGUUACUUGACGCCGCGGCGGGGGGCGGCGCAGGAGCCGGCGAGGCGCGCGCGGGGGCCUACCGUGGGGGAUUUUGGUCAGGUGUGCCGGGAGUGCUUCAAGCGAGCGCCGUUGCCGGACGAGGAGGCGGGGCACACGGUGGAGGUGGGCGUGGGGCCGUGGGACCUCGAGUGGACGCUGACGGGGGCGCGGGAGGACUCCAGGGACAGCGCUGGGGGCGAGGCAUCCGGGGACGAGUGGGUGCUGGACGACGGCGAGCAGGCGCCCGCGGUGCUCGACGACGCCCGCGACGUGCUCGUCUCCGUGCAGGGCUUCACGCUCGCGACGCUCUCGGCGCCCCUGAAGCUCGGCGGGGACGGCGCUGAGGACCCCGGAGGCACGCCCUCGGACAGGCUGUUCCGGGCCUGCAUCGCGGCCCAGGAGGUCGCCGUGCGCGACCUGCUGCAUCCCACGUCAUCGCUGUGGCACAUGGCGGUCGGGAGGCUCGCGCAGGGGGAUCAGUUGCCGGACAACGCCCCGCCGAUCGUCCACGUGGCGAUGGCGCAUGGGCCGCCGGGAUCUGUAGGCGGCACUGUGCACGUGGCCCUGCAGCCGAUCCGCGUGUCCGUCGACCAGGGCCUCGUCUGCUUCCUGGCGCGCGCAGCGGAGGCCGUGCGGCCCAAGGCUGGCGGCGGCGGCGACCCUGAGUCAGCAGGGGAGGAGUCUGCUUUGCCGGCGCAGGGGGGUGUGUCGGCGUGGUGCCCGACGCGGCUCCACGCGGAGCGCACGACGGCGCUCGUGAGCUACCGGCCGGUCCGCGCCGUCGAUCCCGCGGGGCUGAUUCAGGGCAACGUCGCGGAGUUCCUAAACGUCAUUCCUCUCAAAGGAGUCAAGCUGACCCUCCGUGACGCGACCGUCAUCGGUGCCGAGGACGUGAGCGCCGCAGCCAUGGAGGCGGGCGCCGCGUGGCUCCGCGACAUCGGCACGCGGCAGGCCCACGUGUUCGUCGCAGGACUCCCCCCCAUGCGGCCGCUCUGGCGGCUCGGCACCGCCGCCACGCGCGUCGUCACGCGGCCCCUCCGCGAGCUCCGUGGCGACGACGCGUCCGGGGACCCUCCGGGCGGCCGCGCCGCCCGCACCCGCGCGGCGCGGCGCCUGCGGGAGGCCGGCGCUGAUUUCGUGCGGUGCGUCGCUUCCGAGGCGCUCGGGGCCGGGGCCAGCAUCGCGCACGGCGUGGUGACGCUCGUAGCGCCUGGGAACCGCGGGCACAGGUCCGGGCCGCGGCUCGGAGAGCAGGGGGGGGUGUCUCAGGCCAUGCGGGAGGCGUCAGAGAGGUUGGCGGAGGGGCUGGACGCGGCCGCGCGGGCGGUGGUCGGCGAGCCGGUGCGGAGGUAUCGGCAGGGAGAAGGCAUCGCAUCUGCGGCUGCAGCCGCGGCGCGUGGGCUGCCAGCCGCGGCGGGGCGGGGCAUCGUUGCGGGACUGCAAGCAGCGGAGGCGGCGAUGCGAGGCGCCAGCAGGGCGCUCGAUAAUCGGCGCCGACAGUAG